ACAAAAAUAAAAAGCACGCCAUGAGUCACCUGACUUCCCCACUGGUCAUGUGAUUUCUUGUAGCACUAAAGCAGCAGCGGGCACAGCGGAGUCAGUCUAACAAUGGCAGCAGUCUGGACUCUGUUUGUGCUGGCCCUUGUCGUCAAUACGGGUCUCUGCAGCCCCCUGGAAGCUAAGGAGGAAUGGGGCUAUGUGACGGUGAGGGACGGGGCCCACAUGUUCUGGUGGCUGUACCCCUCUGAGGGGCAGUCUGCUGGGCCCACUCAGCUGCCUCUCAUCCUAUGGCUGCAGGGGGGGCCAGGAGGAUCAGGAAGUGGCUUCGGGAACUUCGAGGAGAUCGGCCCUUUGGACAGGGACCUGGAGCCCAGAAAGACCAGCUGGGUGCAGGCAGCCAGCGUGCUGUUUGUGGAUAACCCUGUGGGGACGGGCUUCAGCUACACUGACCGGCCUGAUGCCUUCGCUACCAACGUUGCCACGGUGGCCUCGGACAUGCUGGUGCUGCUGCAACAAUUCUUCACACAGAGAGCGGACUUCCAGAUCGUGCCCUUCUACAUCUUCUCUGAGUCGUAUGGAGGGAAGAUGGCCGCUGCGAUCUCCUUGGAGCUCAACAAGGCUAUAGCACAGGGGAAGGUGAAAUGUAACUUUGCUGGUGUGGCUCUUGGGGACUCUUGGAUUUCGCCCCUGGACUCUGUCAUGACCUGGGGCCCGUACCUCUACACCACUUCCUUGCUGGAUGAUGUGGGCCUGGCAGAGGUCAGCAGUGCGGCGGCAGCGGUUAAGCGUGCUGUGGAACAGGAGCAGUUUGAGAAGGCCACAGAGCUGUGGUCGGUGUUGGAGACGGUGGUGGAGCAGAACUCCAAUGGCGUCAACUUCUACAACAUCCUGACCCAGGAGCCGGAUGAUAGCCGCAGCCUAGCAGCAGGAGAAAACUUCAUCACUCUCCAGGUUCGUCGCCAUAUCCGACCCCUCCACAGCCAAUCACUGAGCGAGCUGAUGAAUGGGCCGAUCAAAAAGAAACUGGGCAUCAUCCCCCAGAACGUCACCUGGGGAGGCCAGGCAGAGGAGGUGUUCAGCAACAUGGCAGGAGACUUCAUGAGGCCUGUGGUGGAUGUAGUGGACCAGCUGCUGAGCGCCGGAGUCAACCUCACUGUGUACAACGGCCAGCUGGAUCUCAUCGUGGACACCAUGGGUCAGGAGCUGUGGGUGAAGAGACUGAAGUGGGAGGGGCUACCUCACUUUAACAAUCUGAGUUGGACCCCCCUGAACGAUCCCAUCUCAACAGGUUUAACUGGAGCUUUCUGCAAGACCUAUAAGAAUUUUGGCUUCUAUUGGAUCCUCAAAGCAGGUCACAUGAUCCCCUCAGACCAGGGCCCGAUGGCCUUGCUGAUGAUGAAGAUGAUCACUCAGCAGGUUUAAUCUCCCACUCGGUUGCCAGCUGGAAUGGCUCUGACAAUCUCGAUGAUGACACGAUCCUUUUUUAUAUUUUCUGCUAAACCAAAUCAACACUCUGAGCUAUGUGAUUACAACACUGACCUGUUUAACUUUCAGCCAAAAAACAAUAAAGGCACUUUCUUUUU